UCCAGUGGCUGGUACCACCUUCCUUUCUAAAAUAAAAUCUCUCUGGCAUGAAGUCACCGCCUAUUUCACAUCCGGUUUGCGCUGGGACGUAUUACUACUGUCUUGGUACAGAGAAAUCUUUUGUUGUAUAGCUGCAGAUUGGAUAUUGGGAAGCAAAUUUGGGUAUGAAAUCUCCAGUGCAGGAACACGCAGAGUCCAUGAUGGCUCAGACCGAGUGAGUGAGCGCGGCGCGAGGACGCCCUCCGCCCGGCGCGCCCGCGCUCGCACACUCGCGCAGCUCCGGCUCACCGCGAUCCUCUCUCCCACACUUUUCUCCCGGGUCUGGAGCGAUCCGGUGCCCAGAGGGGGCCCCGAGCUGAACAAGCGCGUGAUGAAGAAAAGUCGGGGUCUUUCUGACUGUCUUUGGGCCUGGACCCUCAUCCUGAGCACUCUGUCGGGAAGAAGCUAUGGACAACCCUCCCAAGAUGAACUUAAAGAUAACACCACUGUUUUUACGAGGAUUUUGGACCGACUCCUGGAUGGUUAUGACAAUCGUCUGAGACCAGGACUGGGAGAGCGUGUAACUGAAGUGAAGACUGACAUCUUUGUCACCAGUUUUGGACCUGUUUCAGACCACGAUAUGGAAUAUACAAUAGAUGUGUUUUUCCGUCAAAGCUGGAAGGAUGAAAGAUUAAAAUUCAAAGGGCCCAUGACCGUUCUGCGGCUAAACAACCUCAUGGCCAGUAAAAUCUGGACUCCAGAUACAUUUUUCCACAAUGGGAAGAAGUCUGUGGCCCACAACAUGACCAUGCCUAACAAACUCCUGCGCAUCACAGAGGAUGGCACGCUGCUCUACACCAUGAGGCUGACAGUGAGAGCUGAAUGUCCAAUGCACUUGGAAGACUUCCCUAUGGAUGCCCAUGCCUGCCCAUUAAAAUUUGGAAGCUAUGCUUACACGAGAGCAGAAGUUGUCUAUGAGUGGACAAGAGAGCCAGCUCGUUCAGUGGUUGUGGCAGAAGAUGGGUCACGCUUAAAUCAGUAUGACCUUCUUGGACAAACAGUUGACUCUGGAAUUGUUCAGUCCAGUACAGGAGAAUAUGUGGUUAUGACUACUCACUUCCACUUAAAAAGGAAAAUCGGCUACUUUGUUAUUCAAACAUAUCUGCCCUGCAUAAUGACAGUUAUUCUCUCACAAGUCUCCUUCUGGCUCAACAGAGAGUCUGUACCAGCAAGAACCGUCUUUGGGGUGACAACUGUUCUGACCAUGACAACCUUGAGUAUCAGUGCCAGAAAUUCCCUUCCAAAGGUGGCUUAUGCUACAGCCAUGGACUGGUUCAUCGCAGUAUGCUAUGCCUUUGUUUUCUCAGCUCUGAUUGAGUUUGCCACAGUGAACUAUUUUACCAAGAGGGGAUAUGCGUGGGAUGGCAAAAGCGUGGUCCCAGAAAAGCCAAAGAAAGUGAAGGAUCCCCUCAUCAAGAAAAACAACACAUAUGCUCCAACAGCAACCAGCUAUACCCCUAACUUGGCCAGGGGUGACCCCGGCUUGGCAACUAUUGCUAAAAGUGCGACCAUAGAACCAAAAGAAGUCAAGCCUGAGACAAAACCACCAGAACCCAAGAAAACGUUUAACAGCGUCAGCAAAAUCGACCGACUGUCGAGAAUAGCCUUCCCGCUGCUAUUUGGAAUCUUUAACUUAGUCUAUUGGGCCACAUAUUUAAACAGAGAGCCUCAGUUAAAAGCCCCCACACCGCACCAAUAGGU